AUGGCGACGUACGAAUGCACGAACAUCCUGCGCCAUUGCGAGCCUGCGACGCAACCCGAGCGGCGACGCUCGCGCUCCCCGCCGCUCGCACCUCGCAAUUACGCACCUACACCUCCAACGCCCUCUUCGCCCUACCCAACCGCUGGGCUGCCGGCCAAACCUGCCGCAUAUCUACGCCGCCCCAGCAAGCACGCUGAGACGGGCACGGUAGAAAGCCCGUUAAGCGCCACGAAGCCAGCCCCUCCAUACGCGAAACCUAGACCAAGAGAGUAUGAACAUGAAGAUCCCGAAGUGAAGGCUCUUGCAGUCGAGAUCACACACGCGCGUAAGCGGCGUGAGAGGGCCACCAACGAGUACCUCCAAGAUCUGCUGGCUACGCGGCGUGCCAUGCACGAGCUCGAGCUGCUCGAAAUCGACGUUCGCGCGGCGGAGAUGCGGAGGAUCAUCGCGGAUGACCUGUUGGAGCGGGCGAAGGCGGGGCAGCUUGGGAUCGAGUACAAUGGCGAGCCUGCUGAAUUGCCGACACCUGUGUCGUAA